GGAUUUUUUUUUCGUUCGGGUUGCAUCUUUUCUGCCGCUAUUGCAGACGCCUUCUUGACCGACUCUCGCACAAUCAGCAGCCUCAGCAGCAACAACAAAACAAGAAAGCGAACUGUUUUCUUUUUCUUUUUUUUUGUCGGGAAUGCACGAAUUCGGCUCAACUGCCUCCUCAUCCACGGGAGCAUUUUCAUCAUCAUCAUCAGCAUCAUCAUCAUCAUGUUCAUCAUCAUCAUCAUCAGCAUCAGCAUCGUCAGUCGUAGUCGUCGGAUCGCGCGCUCGAAAGAUGCUCGGCUCGGGGCUGUCGUCGCUGUCCAUGCCGCCGCAUUCGACCUCCUGCGCCGCGCAGGCGUACGACGACAACGGCCCGAAAUCGGCCUCGUCCAUUCGCUCGGACGGCUCGACGGCAUCGUCGCUGUUCUCGACCCCGCUGUCGGACUCGUCGUCGUCGUUCUCGAGCGACCUCGACAUGAGCAGCAGCGGCAGGGUCACUCCGCGAACGGCGCCGAUUCUCGAGCAGGACGAGCUCAACACGUCGUACUCGUCCAUGGCGUCGGUCUCGUCGUCGACGUCUUCGUUGUCGGCGUCAUCGGGCGGCGUUGCAACCAUCCUGGCCCUCCAGCACGCAGCAUCAUCAUCAUCCUCGGCAGCAGCAGCAGUGCCCCCACGGCGACGGGCGGCUGAGCGCAACAGCCUGAAUUCGAACUGUUUGAGCUCGUCGGCGCCGUCCUCCAACCGCGGCGGCGGCUGCCUGUCUCGCAGCAUCAGCUACCAGGCGUUGUCCUUUGGCCCGCGGUCGGUCAGCCGCAACGGCACAACAAGCGGGUCGGAGGCAGAGCUGCUCUCGCCCGAUCUUGUCGGCCAAAUCGCCGGUCAUAGCCACAACAUUUUCUCCUUCGGCAGCCGAUCGGUCUCCUCGAGCCACAGCCACAGCAACCUGCCAACCACGAGCAGCAGCCUCAGCGACCACGACCGCGACAGCCACGGUGGCAGCACCAACAGCAUUGGUGGCGGAGCGUCGUCGCCAUUCGCGCUGGCGGAGGUGGAAGCGUACACGGCAACGCGUCGCCGCAGCCUCAGCGUCUGCCCCCGCUCUGCCUCUGUUCCUCCGACCUCCCUGUUUGCGCAGCACGGUGCUGUGUCACCCAUGCAGCAGCGCACAGAGUCGCCGCGCCCGAUGACCUCGGAGCCGGCCGAGACGGCCAAGCGAGUCGGCGCGCGUCGGUACUCGCAGACGUUCGCGUCCGAGGAAGGACGCAACAAGCGCCAUUUGUCGUUCAGCCACAACGAUCUGGCCUCUGACUUGUGCAGCGCGGUCGCCACCAGCCCCGCCACGGUCUCAGAGCUGGCCGAUCUCGGACUGGCACGGCUGGAAGCAAACCCUGCCGACCUGCGUCCCAUGACGCAGGAGGAGAUUUUCUCCUCCGAGCCAUUCGGCAGCCCCGUGCGUCACGGCUUGUACCCCGUGCUGGAGAGCUCCUUUUCGGCAGCGUCCACCCCGGCACUGGGCCGCGUGUUGACGUCGUCGGGAGCAGCAACGCCGGUGACGGAUUUGACCUCCCGCGUUAGCUCGCUCUUUGUGGCUCCUCGUGGCUUGGCGCCCGCUCCAAUGGCCGUGGAUGACGAAACUGCCGACGACAACAACGCGGCGCUGCCGGCUGUGCCCGAGGAUGUGCACUUCCAGGCCAACGUCCCUGAUAAUCUCAUCGACUUUCAGGCACUCGACCCGCUGGCCGACCGCGUGUUGCUGUCCACCAGCUACGGCAGCGGCUGUCAAGCAACCCCUGAAAACUCGGACAGCUACAUGAUCUCUCCGGGGCAAGCCGCCCAGAUUAUCAACGACUUCAACCGAGGCUUCAGCGAGUACAAUCAUCUGAUUGUCGUUGAUUGCCGCUUUGCCUUCGAGUACAAGGGUGGACACAUUGACGGCGCCAUCAACUGCGAUGUCUCCGUGUCCACUGCAGUGGACAGCUUGCUCAACCAGCUCUUCCCGGUCGACAGCCGCCCUUAUGCAUACAAGGAUGUCUGCCUGCUCUUCCAUUGCGAGUUUUCGCAAAAACGUGCGCCCCAAGUGUUUACAAAGAUGCGCGAUCGCGAUCGCGCGCUCCACGAGUGGCCCAGUCUUCGCUUCCCCUCGGCAUUCGUGGUUACGGGUGGCUACAAGGCGAUUUACACCGAGUUUCAGCAAACAGGUCUUUGCAAUCCCGACAGCUACCGUCCCAUGCUUCAUGACGACUAUGGGCGGCAUCUGGCUGUAUGCGAACCUCGGUGGAAGCAACUGUCGCACAACCAAGAAUUCAAGCGUCAUCACUCGCUCACACAAGCCCCGCAAGUCCACACGCCCGUCCUGAGUCGUGCAAGGUCUGCGCCAGUGUGCUCGAAUGACGAUUCUACGCUCAGCAGCAGCAGCGAGGGCGAUGACGAUCCGCCCCCUGUGACCCGAACGGCGAGCUCUGCUCGCGUUCUGUUCGAUGACAAUGAAAACCCGUUCCCGAUGGCUUUGCCGAAGGCUGACUCGUUCCAUGAGUCCCAUCCAACUCGGGUGCUUCACGAGCGCAAUGCCAACCAUUGAGGUUGUUUUUGAAUUAUUUUUUCUUCCUUUUUUGACGAAGCGGGUGCCCCUCACUUUGUCUCCCCCCCCCCACAUCUCCUCUCUCCCGUCGAUUAAUUCGUUUCUACUUUUUUUUUCCCUUGCUUUUGUUAAUUUUGAUUGUUCUUGCCUCUUUUUGCCUGGUGUUGCACCCCAGGUUUUGUGAGACUGGCUCUCAUUUCUUAAUACUCUUGUUGAUUCGUUGUUGCCGUUAGUAGCUGGCUUAUUUCAGCCCGCCGUUUUUCCUUGUUCUUUUCCUACCGACCCACCACCACCACCACCACCACUGUGUGGCCUCGUGUGCGUCAAAAUACAUUUUGAGAUUUCAAAAGUCAAUUUGC